CUAAAGCAAAACCAGAAAUGCUUGCUUCAUCGCACCAUCUCGAUGGUGACAAUGGCACAGCAGUGUUAGUUCGCAACGCCAUUAAAAGCUAUGGAACAGGGAAGAAACGUAGUGCCGUACUCGCUGGAUUCGACAUGAACGUUCAAAGAGGAACCAUAUAUGGAUUGUUGGGAUCCAGCGGAUGCGGUAAGACGACCCUGUUGAGCUGCCUGGUUGGACGUCGUAGUUUAAACAGUGGGGAAGUGCUCGUCUUUGGUAAUAAACCAGGCACUCCGGAGAGCGGGAUCCCUGGCCCGCGGGUCGGUUACAUGCCCCAGGAACUGGCAUUGUACGGAGACUUCACCAUCAAAGAGACGCUGCAAUAUUUCGGACGCAUUUACAACCUGCGAAAGGCGUUUGUCAAAGAACAGUUAGAAUUUCUUUCCAAGCUGCUGGAUCUCCCACCGAGCGAUCGUUACGUCAAGACGCUCAGUGGUGGUCAGAAGCGACGAGUCUCAUUCGCAGUGGCUUUGUUCCACGAGCCUGAAUUGCUCAUCUUAGACGAACCAACUGUUGGCGUCGAUCCCUUACUCAGACGCAGUAUUUGGGAUCAUCUCCUCCGGCAGAGUGUCGAUCAUGGAAAGACGGUCAUUGUAACAACCCACUACAUCGAAGAAGCCCGACAAGCCAAUACGAUUGGGAUGAUGCGUUCUGGUCGUUUGCUUGCUGAAGAAUCGCCAGAAAAAUUGUUGAAUCAUUACAGACUUUCGUCUUUGGAAGAUGUGUUCUUAAAACUCUGCAUCGAAGGUAAUAGCAAUCAUCCAGCCGAUCAAUUUAACGAGUCGCUGUCGAUUGUCACGCCUUCCGACGAAAUCGGCCUGCCCCAACAGUCUGUGGAAGGUCACGACAACACGUCCUUCGAUCGUAACAAUCGAAUCGAUGUCUCUCAAGGAAACAUUGACCAACAGCGGUGCAAUAAUAACCAACAACUUCCCGUCAUCCACACCGAUCAUUGGGAUGUAAGAGAUGCGCAUCGGUUUUCAUUUUAUUUGGCUCAAUAAUUCUUUCGCUAUUGUUCUAUCCAGGACCGCAAAGCAACAAGCUAUUCGUGCAAAUCUAGCGGAUAUGCAAAUAGGGCGAGGCAAAGAAAGUGCCGAAAUCAAACCGUGCCAUUGCCUUCUUUGCAUCGCCUUGACGCCCUUAUUCGCAAGAAUUAUUUGAUAUCAUUUAGGAAUAUUGGGAUAUUUUUAUUCAUCUACUUGUUGCCUGCCUUCCAAGCCACCAUUUUCAAUGUGACGCUGGGACACGAACCGAAGGAUCUCAAGAUGGCUAUUGUUAAUGACGAAUUGAAUUCCAGACAAGGCCAGAUCUGCAAUUAUACGACUGACUGUUCGUAUUCGAUGCUGAGCUGCCGCUAUCUUCGAUACGUAAAUAAGAAUAUCAUUCAGGUUCCUUUUGACAAUGUUUCGAGUGCUAUGGAAGCAGGGAAAAAUGGACACGUUUGGGGUGUGGUCCAUUUCGGACGUAAUUUCACGGAAGAAUUCGAACUCCGGCAAAUGGAAGGCGAUUCCGCGACUAUGGAAAAUAUAAUGCGCAGUCGCAUCAGCGUCAACAUGGAUUCUUCAAAUCAACAGAUUGACGUAUUUAUCGAAAAAUGGCUGAUGGAAGCCUUUCGGGAUUUCUUGCAAAAUUUUAUGAAGUCUUGCCAGUACGAGCCAGAGGCGGGUUACAUUCCUAUCGUGUUCCUAGAUCCUGUUUACGGUAAAAAAGAUACUCCAUUCACGGAAUUCAUGGCUCCCGGUCUUAUUAUCUCGAUCGUUUACUUCAUGGCUGUUUCGUUAACCGCUGGAGUCUUCGUUGCCGAAAGGAAACAGGGCCUUCUCGAUCGCAGUUUAGUGGCUGGUGUAACGAUGACCGAAAUCCUAGUCGGUCAUUUAUUCAACAUGUUCACUAUAAUCAUGGGUCAAACGGGCUUCGUUUUCUUGUGCAUGUUGGUGAUCUUCAACAUCCCAUGCCAAGGCAAUGUAGCGUUAGCAGUGUUCAUUACUUGUCUCCAGGGAUUUGUUGGCAUGUGUUUUGGUCUACUGAUAACAACGGCAUGCGAUGAUGAAGCAACAGCCCUGAAUCUUUCGCAGGCCAGUUUCAUUCCGCUGUUGGUUAUGGGUGGCAUUUGUUGGCCCAUCGAAGGCAUGCCGUACUAUCUCAGGUAUGUCGCUUACUCCAUGCCGGUGACGUACGCUAUUGAAUCGUUGAGAUCCAUUUUCUCACGAGGGUGGGGCAUCGAAGAAGUUGACGUGUACGCCGGAAUUCUGAUCAGCAUCGCGUGGAUUUUUGCAUUGUUGAUUUUGAGUUUGAUUGUGGUCCGCACACGAAAGUAUUCCAGUUGAAAGAUUUCAGCUUCGUGUUAUCGUUUUCAAUCGUCU